AUGCUUCGCUAUGGUAUCUUGCAUGCGGCAGAUGAAAGAGAUUUCAAAACAGCCUACUCGUAUUUCUAUGAGGCGUUUGAGGGUUUUGACUCCAUCAAUUCCAAUCAUGCUGUUGAUGCCCUGAAGUAUAUGCUUCUCUCAAAAGUGAUGCUCAACAGUCCCGAAGAGAUACCCAGUAUUCUUACAAGCAAGUUGGCGCUGCGAUACAACAGUCGACAUCUGGAUGCGAUGCGCGAGAUUGGUGUUGCGGCGAAAGACCGAUCACUCGGCGCAUUCCUUGCUGUUCGAACCAAAUACGAGGCUGAAUUGGCAAACGACCCGGUAGUCAGUCGUCAUCUGACUUCGUUUUAUGACACCCUUUUCGGUCAAAACUUACUCAAGUUGAUCGAACCUUAUUCUCGGGUACAAAUUGGACAUAUUGCCAAAUUGAUUAAUUUACCAUUGGAAACUGUGGAGAAGAAACUAUCACAAAUGAUUCUGGAUAACGAACAUAAUGGUAUCUUGGAUCAGGGCUCCGGCGUGCUUGUUCUUCGCGAGCCACAAUGUGAAGGCAAAGAUUAUCCUCUAGCACUUUCGGCCAUCCAGUCCUUGAACGGGAUCGUCGAUAUGCUUUUCCAAAAAACCACCAAGCUCAAGUGA